CAAUCUUUCAAUUUUCUUGCGUGCGGAGCAAAAUCCGCGUUGAUAAAACUUAACCCAAACACGUACGGCGCGUAUUUGUGUACCGUUUGAAUCGAAUAAUUUGCAGAAUGUAUUGUUGCAAGUUUUUUAUUUAAUUCUCCACAAGUAACAAAAUUCGGUUUAGAGUAAAAUUCUAAUUUUUUUGAAUCGUUUCAACGGUUAUUUCGCGAAAACACAGCAAAAGCCGGUAAAUGGACACUUAAAACGAAAUAAUAACUGUAUGCAGAAAUUGUGAUAAGAUUUUGUUGAUUUUCUGUAAAUAUCGCGCUGCAACGUGGGUGGCAAUCAUCUUAAUAGAUAAUAACAAAAAGGAACGCUGCCGGCUGCAAUUAUGAAAAGGUAGAAGGGGCAACAACAAAAGGGCGGAGCAGCUGGAAGCUGGAAGAUUUUGUUGCAUUGUUGUUUGCAUGUCCCAUGUGCCCCCCCCCCCAGAGGUCGUUGGCGCUAAGGUCACGCAGAACCCAGCCCAGUGCAAGUGACAAAAACGAAAAAAAACAACAACCAUAAGCAGAGUUCUUAGUUCUUAGUUCUCCCACCCACGCUUAAAACGACAACAGCAAAAACAACGUGUGUGUAUGUGUGUGUCGCCGCAUGGCUCAGGCAAACGGUUAAUCUUCAUGUGUGUGUGCGUGCCUGCUGUGUCGGUGUGUGAUUUUGUGUGAUUUCCCGCUCUCUCUCGCGCAAUUUUGUAAGGAACGAAACGAAAAUCGAAAAUGACAACCAGCAGCAAUGCGGCGGUGAAGAGACAGCAAAAUGUGAGGACCCUCACCCGUAACAGCGAAGAGUGCCGCUGAUGGCCGCUGGAAAUGUGCGUUAUAAAUUUUUACGAGUGUACGCAGAGCAUUGAAUUUUUACGAGUGUACAUCGUAGAUGUCGGAGAAGGAGAAGCAUGAUGUGCGGAUGACAGGCAGCAGCAGCAGCAGCAGCAGCAGCAGCAAUUUAAAACAAUUCAGGCAGGAAAAUAAUGCUUAAAGUAACGCAAAGGAAAUUGCAUGCUUAGCCAUAGAAAAAUAACGGGGAAAAAAAAACAGUAACAACAAAGCAAAAAAUAAAGGAAAGAAAGGAAAGCUGUGCGGCAGAAGAGGGUUGGUUGGAACACCUUCUUGUAAGGAGCACGUGACACACACGACGCCAUUUUGUAACGGUAAUUGGCAGACGGCACACGUGAACUGAAGAACAACAAAACGUCCGCUAACACGCCCCACAACAACAACAACAGCCACUCCCCACCCCCUCCAUCAUUACGAGCAACAACAACAGAGUCAUCAUCAUCAUCAUCGCCUCCUCAUCAACAUCAUCAUCAGGACGAUGGCCGUUAGCAACAUUGUCUGCGAAUGGCUACGUGCCUUGGGCCUGGCCCAAUAUGCCGAAAGUUUCCUCGACAAUGGCUAUGAUGACCUGGAGAUAUGCAAACAGGUCGGUGAUCCCGAUCUGGAUGCCAUCGGCGUUGAGAAUCCUUCCCAUCGACACAAACUCCUGAAGAGCAUACGCUCGCUGCGGGAGAAGGGCGCCGCCUCGGUAUAUUUUAUGCUCAACGAUCCGAACUCACUGUCGGGCAGCAUGGAGAUACUCUGUGAAACGCCGCCCAGUAACGACCUGGAGAUGGUGCUGGGCGAACAGCUGGAGACGGACGGAGUGCGUCUGACAGCGCAUCCAUAUUCAACACCGGAUGGACAACGCGGCCAUUUAGAGGGCCUGGCAUCCGUCUAUUGUGAGUUGUUAAUGGCUCCCUUUGGAGAUAUUUUAAGUGCUUUAGAGAGUGCCAGGCAGGCGGCCUGGGCGGACCACAGUCCGCUCCACAAUGCCAACAGCGGCGGCGGCAGCGGUGCUGGCGGCAGUGGCAGUGGCACCGCCAGCGGCGCCAGUGGUGCCAGCGGCAGUGGCGGCAGCAACCGUAGCGGCAUCGGCAGCGGCGGCGGACUCCAUCACCGUCAGAAGCACGGUCAUCGGGGGCAUUCAAUGCACGGCGCCGGUCUGCCCAAUAGUCAUAGUCAGCCUAUUUAUGUGCCCGGAAAGUAUUCGCCCUCCAGCUGCUUGUCCGACAAGGAGGAGGACGAAAUCUACGGCUUUGGCUAUGGCGUGUUUGCACCGCGUGUGGCACGCGGCGGCCUGACGCAACAGCAACAGCUGCUGCAACAGCAAACACUGCAAACGCAACAGAGCAUACAGCAGCAGCAGCAGAUGCAGCAGCAACUGCAGCAACAGCAAUUACCCAACGUGCCAGGACAACAGCAGGCGGGAGGACCCGGCGGCGUACAGGGUGGUGUUGGACCGCAACAUCAUCAGACACUGCCCCCGAAUGUAGCCCAUAUGAAUUUUGUGCAACAAAACUGCCUGAGUCCGCGCUCUGCAUAUUUCUAUGAAUUUCCACCGACUGCUGAGGGACGCGAGACAAAGAAACGCACCACAUUGGCCCGACUGCUGAAAGGCUUGAAAACUGUCAAUCGACGGGAUCGCAACAAUCAACAAAAUGGCGCACAGGCCAGGGCCGCCAACGAUCGUCUGAGGCACUUUCAAAUGAUAAACGGCGGUGCGGGCGGACAGCAGCACAGUUUCGAAGAGACAAUCCAUAGGUUGAAAGUACAAGAGGCCAUGAGGAAAAAGGAAAAAUUUCAACGUGAGCACGAGGAGAUUCUGCGUGACAUACGUCAGGGUCUGUUGCAAAUGAGUCGCGGCGAGGGACGUAUGGUCUAUCCAUUUGCAGACGACACCUACAUGUACGAUGAGGCGCUCAGAACUGGGGCAGGCGUAGGCGUGGGCAUGGGCGGAGGCAUGGGCGGCAUUCCAGGCGGUGCCCACUAUGCGGUGAGUGCGCUGCACCAUCAAGGUCAUUGGUACGACGAGCCGCCCUACGAAAGCGAUCCCGAUGACUUCCUGAUGGCCGGCCUCAACUGCGGACCAGCUGCCACCAUUCAGGGUGGCCGUGUACGGUUCUCGAACAACCGCGAGAGCACGGGCGUAAUUUCAUUAAGAUCCGCCGGAGAUAUUUCACUACCGCAACGAGGGCCGCCGCGUCGAGGUCUUAUCGUGCCGCAACAGCCGCCAAAUCCACCGACAAUAAUACCCUUAACGCAUGCCAGAUCCCAUGAUCGGGAGAGCGGCGACUAUGCUGGUUCCAUCUCAGAUCUACAAAGUGUUACCUCCAGGCUCAGUGCUGUGUCGAUUGGCACCAACAAUUGCACGGCUCGAUAUCGAACGCUGAGCGGCGGCAUCGGGGAGUCGCCCUCGUUGUCGCCCAGCCCCUCAUCGGAUUACGAGGACAUUGGGACCACACGGAUGCACGGCCUGCCCCCAAGUCUGAUGGCCGCGAAGGCAAAAAAGAAUGGACUGCCGCACGGCAAGGCGAACACGAUUUGCCAGAAGGCCACAGUGCAUCAUUCUAACGAGAUGCGUAGCUCGCCAAAGGAAAUUGGCGCUUUUAAUGAGAAUGGACGGAACUUUGUUGCCACAAAGGAUACAUCGAGGGAUUUCAGCAACUCCCAAGACAAUACCGACCGUGGCAGCAUGAGCGAUCAGGCGUUUGCCUGUUCGGCCAGCUCCGUGGAAAGUUUGCCCAGCGCUUCCGGUUCGAGCACACAGGCUCUGGUGCGUCCCGGAAGUCCACACAGCUCCAUAUCGGCCGAGGAUCGCACAUCCAUGACGGUCCACAGCGGCAGCAUCUGCAAGGCCAAGGCCCUCGUGGACAGUCUGCCCAAUCCCUACGACAAAGAGGCGCUAAAAUUUAAGAAGGGAGAGCUCAUCGAUGUGCUGUCAAUGAAUGCCUCGGGCAUCUGGAAGGGUCGAUGCCAUGGCCGCGUGGGACACUUCAAGUUCAUCAAUGUGGAAGUGCUGCCAGAGCAGCGCCUGAAGAACUCCAGCAGCAAGACCCUGGCCCCCAGCUCCCGGCUGGGCGGCAGCAACAGUGCCUGCAACAGCAAUGCGAACAGCAACAACGGUGGUCCCUGCUCCGUGGAGGAUCUGCUGGUGCGCAUCGGCCUCAAGGAGUACACAUCCGUGUUCGUGCUCAACGGGUACGAGGAUCUCGAGCUGUUCAAGGAGCUGGAACCCGCCGAUCUCGACUAUCUUGGCAUACUCAAUCAGGAGCAUCGGGCCAAGCUACUGACGGCUGUGCAGCUGCUGCAUGACAUUGAAUCUACAAAUUUCACCCGUACAGGCUCCGACGUGGACAUAGCCGGCUCCAGCUCGGAGAACGAUGAGGCACGGCUGAACAACAUCAAUAAGAAGCACGGCGCCUCGCCCUUUGGCAGGCGCCACUUUCCGCGGGACUCGGGGUGCUACGAGGGCUCGCCGCUGCCCAGCAGCCAGACACCGACGCAGACGGUGAACUCGACGGACGAGUCGAACAGCCUGGACGAUGUGGUGACCAAGUGCUCCAGCGAGAUUAUGAAGCGCGUGGAGAGUGCGCGACGGUGCAAGGACAAUCCAUUCAAGGCCACGCUGCCGGGCGGCCGGGUGGGCAAGAAGUCAUUUCUCGGCGGUGGCGGACUUAUGGCUGACGAUACGCUCACACGUGGCGGACUCAGUGAGAAGUCGAGCGAUUCGGGCGUCAGCAGCAGUUCGCUAUCGUCGGGUCCGCUGAAGAGCAGCACUUAACAUUUGCCCACAAUCCUGGCCCACGAGCUGCUGCUCGGCGUGGGCGCCGGCAUGGGCCUGGGCUUGGGCCUGGGUCACGGUCACGGCCUGACCCACGGCGGCACCGGUGGAAGUGUGGGCGCCACAUCGCCCACCACAUCGGUGGCCUCGGCCAGUCUCAUUGGUGCGCAUUGCAGUGGCGUGGGCAGCGGGGCAAUGGCCGCCGCUCCGCUGGGAAACAUUUGCAAUACUCUGCCGCAUGCCCCCUCCAGCAAUGUGCCCCUCAAUCGGAACCUGGUCAUGCUGCGUAACCAUCUGCGCAAAAAUACGAGCGGCAGCAGCAAUAGCGGCGGCUGCAGUGGAGGCGUCCAGCUGCUGCAGGAUCAGGACGACAAGGAUCAAUAACCCAUUUACUACAUCAAAUUCUUAGUCUAGGUUCUUGGAUAAACAACUGUAUUUGAGUUAAGUGUAUUUCAAUUGCUGUGAUUCGAUAGUGAAAACAAAAGGCCAACACGCGUCUUUCAGUUCAAAUGUAUAGUGUAUAGAGAGAGAUAGACAGACAGGUGCAGGUGCAGGUGCAGGUGCAGAUGAAGAAAGAGAUGGAUAGGGAAAGAGGCAGAAUCAUAAGCCGAGAGGGGAGAGCAGUUGUCAGAGCCAGAGUUAGUCAGUCAGUCAAUCCUUCCUCCGAUAAUGUUGGCAUUUACACAAAAAAUAUAUAUAGCUUAAACACAUACACAACACACAACAGAUAUACACAUACGUUUACUUUUAAAUAGGCAGAAAGAAAGGGAGAAAUUCUAUAUACUUAGUAAAGUACUGAACAUGUUUUGACUAUUUUUAGUUAGCUCUUUUCUAGCGAGACUCGUGCGAGACUCGUGUCUUUGAUUUGCCCCGUGAUCUUCACGUUUAAUGUUCAAUUGCUUUGCAUAGUCAUAUAAUUCUCAACGUGAUAUUGUGAAACGUCCAACUUGAAUUGCAUUUUAAACACACACAGACUCCUUUCCAACGUCUUUUGAUGAACACAAACACACACAAAAACCACACAGAACACACAGACAACUCUCGAGUUGAUUCCUAUUUUAAAGCACUCAGCGUGGUGCAAGCAAUAGACCAAUUCUAUUUUAAUAACCAAACGACAAACGAAAUACGAGUAUUUAUUGUAUAAACCACACACACACACAGCGAACAAAACAAAACACCAAACUGCCAUUCGAUACUAAUUUUAAUUGUUUUUUUAUACUCGUAUAAGUAAACAAAAAGUAAUGUAAAUGAAAUGGAAAUGCAAAUGAAUAUUAUGGAGACCAUGAGAAUCCGUCAGAAACUUGUAAAAAGAAUUGCCAAAACCAAAACACAAAAUAAUAGUAAUAACAAAUACGAUAAACGAGAAAGAAAUAUAAUGUACGCUAAGCAAUAUUUUCAAAUUGUAGCCAAUCGUGUGUAUAUAUUUAGGGAGGAGUGAGAGGAUGCAUCUAUAGAGAGGAGAACCGUUUAUGCCACUUAUGGAAAUUAUCAAAAUGUAUCCAUUAAGAGCGAUUUAGCGAUAAUCAAAAGCAGACAAUGAAAUUAGUCAGGCAGCGCAAAUGUUUUUAAUCAGUUUCCAUGAAUUAGUUAAAUAAAUGAACGAGUAUUUAUCGGCACAAAACGGCACAACAACAACUACGAAUAAAUCUAAUUAAAUAUACACACACACACACACACACACACACCAACACACUACAUGAAUAAACUGACGCGAAUACAUAUUGAAGCAUAGCAUAGCAUAGUCUAGCCAUAGAGCAUAUGAAUAUUACACAUAUUUAUGGCAAUUAUUGUAAAUGAAU